AUGUCAAUCAUUUGGUCGAGUCGAAUCGUAUUACGUACGGUUGGAAGCGCUGUCCCAGAGGAUGCUGUGAAAAAGAUAAUGCAACAAAUGUUCCCGGAGAUGCUCGCUCAAUUCAUCGACAAACCUAGAUCCAUCUCAACUUCACCUCCUCCGUCCGAUUCAAACCCCACCACAAACCCCAUUCCGCCGCCUACGCAGAGCAAAAGCUUACUACAAUCUUUACUACAAUCUAUGAGAACACUGCAUACGACGCUCAAUAUCUGCGGAGCGCUACCGACGAGGAAUUUCUCUGUUGUUGAAGAUGAGAAACUCGACAUGCAGUGCAGGAAAGACGAUAUGCUCAAGGAAUUUCAAGAGGAUAUUGAGAGGAUAGUACACGAGAAAAUUUGGGAACUGGAUGCUAAUGAGGACGUGUCCAAGAGUAUAUCUGGCGAUAGGGUGUACAGUCCUACGACAGAUAUACGUGGGGCGCUGGAGGUUCUCGGUUGGACUUGUCGUGAGAUGGUAAUGGGAGUGAAUAUAUGGUGCAAGAUAUUCGACAGUAUAAUGUCUUCAUCCAAACUAUAUACUUGGGUUUGUUGCAUGCACCUACAGGAUGGAACAUACUGUCGCACGUGUCUCACGCGAUAUCAUACCCAUGCACUGCACUAUUCACUCAUUAGGCAUAGCUCCUCUCUCGUACAGUAUAUAACCUUACAAUACGCUCGUUCAAUCCACCUUGUUUGGAUCUCGCUCCCUUGUCGAGUCGUUUGCCAUAUGCUCCCUCCUCAGCUCAUGCAAGACAUACCCCGGGUAUUAGCCCGGGUUGCAUGGUCACGUGGUUGGGCCUUCUUUCGCCAAUUCCGGGUUCCACCACUGAGGGGUUGUUUUCCAAUACUCGCUUACGGUCCAACUGUAAGGACGGAGCUCUGUACUUUCCGUUCCGUUCAGGAAACUGAGCUGCUCCUGCUCCAGCUUGAGCUGUGGCUGAGUUGGGGUGACAGCGUGAACUUCCCCCUACGCACGCUGGAGCGGGCCCCCUACACAGCGGAGCUGGCAGCGAUGGCGGCAGCGCUGACCUCCCUCCUGACAUGCCAGACGGCGGACCAGGUCAUCAUUCUCACCAGCAGCCAAGCGGCCAUACAGGCAAUACGCCAACCGCGGGAUCAGUCCGGCCAAGCCAGCAUCGAACAGAUCUACAACGCGACUCGGGCACUAAGGGAAAGGCGGUGCUCGGUACGUAUGACCCUUUUACCAAGCAAGGUCAACAGUAACCAGGACCACACUGGAGCGGGCCCUGUUUCGGACCCUCAAAGCCCGGUUAUUCUUACCCAGACGCAUGCCGACUCAGUUCGCCCAAGCCUGCUGCUGACAUCAGCGAAAAUAGCUAUUGAGGGACUAUAG